AAUGGAAAAAGAAACCCUGCUUAAUCAGUGAUGUAAGGGCCCUCUGGUUGGCCCAAUACCCUCCUGUGGAUCUACAGGGUAUAAAUGGUCUCAAAUACUACCGCGGCAUAAACUAGACCUCGAUUCAUCAGUAGAAUUCGAAGUGAUUUUCAACAUUUCGAUUGAAGAGUGUCAGGAACAUUGUGAAAAUGCAACAAAAUGCUGCAUGUCCGUACAUUACAAUACAAAGGAGCCAAAAAAUGGAUUUAGGAAAUGUAGAAUGUCAGCAGAACACAACGGAACAGCUCGGUUAAUAAACAUAGAGUCGGACACAAAAUACUAUGCUCAAAUAAUAGGAUUCCCGAAUGGUGGAUUUACGUGGAGGGUCACUAAAAGCAAUACCAAGAGAUUAAGCGAUAGAACGCACUAUGAGUUCCAGAGUGAAGAACUGUGCAAGAAAAGGUGUGAAGAUGAGCAACCAAGCAAUGAAGGAAAGACUUGCAAAUCUAUUCAAUGGAAGAUAGGCCAUUGCCACACAGUAUACUCAGAUUAUGGUCCGAUAUCGAAUUCUAAAUGGGAUUGGAAUUUUUCAGAAAUCCAGGUAUUGACCACAGAGCCUAGCGUGACAGAUGUAGAUUAUGUGACCAUACCAACUACAGCUACAACACUUGCUACAACAGCAAUUUCUACAACUACUACCAAGUAUACUAAUUAUGCAGAACUAACAACGACCAAAGACUUAUUGACAACAAAAUACACAAGGACUACUCCAGAACCAAUAAAAAUUCCAGAUCCAACCACAACCACAACCCGAGACCUGAUGCCAACUCAGGAACAAAUGACAACAUCAGAUCUUGAGAUAACACAGGAACCUACAAUAAAUCAAGAACAAGUGACAACGUUAGAACACACAAGUCUGAAACCAACAUCUACCCAAGGCCCAACGACAACUACAGAACCAACUGUUAUCCAAGACCCAACAACUACUCCAGAAGCAAUGAUAAUCAGAGACUCGGCGACAACUCCUGACAAAAUGACAUUUUCUGAAUCAUUGACAAAAUCAUCAGAUGCAACGAUAACUUCAAAAUUAAUGAAUACAGAGCAGGUGACAAUAUUAAAACAAAAGCAUCUCGAACCAAUAAAAGAAACAUAUGUAGCAAUUUUAUAUCUCAGGAAGAACAAGAGGAAUGAUGACGAGGAAGACGCACGCCCAUAUAAACCAAUAAAGAAAACUGAAUUUCAACCCGAAGAAACAGAAUAUGCGUGGAUUAUUGCAAUACCUCCUUUUGCAAUCAUUGCACUAUUUUUGGCAGCUAUAAUCAUUUCUGAUUUCGGGAAGAUCUUGAAUGACACGGAAAAAGGCUACAGAAAUGUAAAAAGCACCGUAACAUUGCAUGCUUAAUUAGAUCCGAAUGUUGUGGAACAUGCCUGAGGUAGAAUAACACUGUAUUUUUGUAUGUUGUUUUUUUAUUUGCGUAAUGUUUUAAUGAGGUUUCUCAUCAUCACAGUUUAUUGC